ACGAGAGAAUUACAAAAAUUACUGUUCAUGUUUAGAACUUUCCCUUUUCUGCCCAGGAACCAAUCAAGGGUUUCUGCAGCCUCGGGAGCAGGAGUCUCGGGGAGAGAAAUCUGGAACCUGAAGUAGGAGGAGCUGCGACAGUGGGGAGGGGUGGGGUCGGCCCGGGAGGGACAGAAAGGGCCGUGCCGGAAGUCCCGCCCAGCCGGAAGUUAGGCGCUUUUGCCUUUGGACGGUUCUCUGGAUGGGCAGUGCGGUUUUGGCGGGCAGUUGUGGCGUCACUAGCUGGCGGCUAGCAGCUCCUGCGGCAAUUACGCGUUUGGCAGACAAGAGAGGUUAGGGGCAGGCCGGGGUUGGAGCCCUGGAAAACUACGAGGCGCCCAGAAGUUGGAACGCGGGGGCUCGCGGGCUGCCCCCUACAGCAACUGUAAAACGGAAGUUCUGCUCCAGCCGGAGCCCGGUGUCCGGGCGGUAGCGGCGGCGUUCUCGGUGCUGUGUCCUCGGGGCUUCUCGCCUCGGCAGCCUAGGGCAGCUCGGGAGCGAAGGGGAGCGGAGCAUCCUGACCUGGUGAGGAGAACCAAGGGCUUUGACGCGGGACUCAGAGCCCCCUGUCCGCCCCGUCGCAGCCGUGUGGUCACUGCCGCGUGCAGCCACGCUUCCCCACGAAAACGUUCAUUGAUUUUUCUUGCGGACUGUUUGUCUUUAUAAGGGGCAGAUACACUGCCAGGCCGGCCAACCCUGCGCCUUUUUGCCUGAAGUCGUGGUUAAAGCUCCUAAUGUCUGGUAUCUCGUAUGUGGUUGGGCGUAAUAUUUAAACACGAAGCUGUUAAUUUGCUUUCUCUGUGGUUGGCCGAAAAUACGAUUCCUCUUCCAGGUGUUGGUGUUGAAUAGGCCUCAUUAGCACAUUAAAAAUGGCUGUAUCCAAAGACGCCAUCCCUUCCUUGUCGGAAUGCCAGUGCCAGAUCUGUAUGGAGAUCCUCGUGGAGCCCGUAACCCUCCCUUGUAACCACACGCUCUGUAAUUCGUGCUUCCAGUCAACUGUGGAAAAGGCGAAUUUAUGCUGUCCCUUCUGUCGCCGCCGAGUCUCUUCGUGGACUCGGUACCAUACCCGAAGAAAUUCUCUGAUCAACAUGGAACUCUGGGAGGUAAUUCAGAAGCACUAUCCAAAGGAAUGCAAGCUUAGAGCCUCUGGGCAAGAAUCAGAAGAAAUUGUUGAUGACUAUCAGCCAAUUCGUCUGUUAAGUCAACCUGGGGAACUGAGAAGAGAAUAUGAAGAGGAGAUAAGCAAGGUGGAGGCAGAACGUAGAGCCACUGAGGAAGAAGAAAACAAGGCCAGUGAAGAAUAUAUACAGAGAUUGUUGGCAGAGGACGAAGAAGAGGAAAAAAGACAGGCAGCACAAAGGCGAAGUGAGAUGGAAGAACAACUGAAAAAUGAUGAAGAGCUAGCAAGAAAACUGAGUAUUAAUAUUAACAAUUUCUUUGAGGGAAAUACCUUGGCUUCUCCCUUGAGUUCCAGAAAAUCUGAUCCAGUCACAGCCAAGUCACAAAAGAAAAAUAAGAACAAAGAAAGAAACACUGGAGAUAUUCAGAAGUAUUUAUCUCCUAAAUCUCAAUUUGGGUCACCAUCACAGCCUGAAGUUGUACAAAAAGACAGGGAAAACUCUGUAUAUAAGGAAAUUGACUGUGGUGAUGUGAAGAGCCAAGACACCAAAACUGAAGAAGAUAUGCCAACGCUUUCUCCCCAAUUAUGCCCUGAAACUCAAGAACAAGGUGCAAAGUCUUUACUAGAGUCACCUGUGCCAUGGUUAUGUGCCUGUGAUGCAGAACAGUACCUUGAAGGAAAAGUCAAAACAAGAUCAAGUAAUCAUGAUAAAGAGUUAUGUAUCGUAAAUCACGAGGGACCUAAAACCAAAGUUCCCUGCUCUGAUGAAGCUGCAGUUAAGCCUUGUGGCAAAACAGAGAAUGGGUGUACUAUGUCAGGUAUGACACAGAAUAUUGGAGACAACACAGUUCCAGCCGAAAAUGAAGAGUCUCACUUACUGAUCAGUAAAGAUACGUCCACAAGAAAAAAUGAGGAAUCUUUGUUUGAAGCAGUCAGGGAUACAUGCUUUCCUACAAAAAGAAGGAAAAUGUACCCCAAAUCUUCCUCAGAUCAAGAGGAAACAGAAAAAAAAUUUACGCAAAAACUGAUUGAUUUGGAGCAUCUACUUUUUGAGAGACGCAAACAAGAAGAACAGGACAGAUUAUUAGCCUUACAACUUCAGAAAGAGGUAGAUAAAGAACAACUGACACCAAACCGGCAGAAAGGAUCCCCAGAUGAGUAUCAGUUACGUACAUCAUCACCUCCAGACAUACUGCUAAAUGGACAGAGGAAGAAUUCCAAAGAAAACUUCAAAAAGCAAACUGGUACAGAGCAUUCGAGACCCCAGAGAGGCUCAAGAGAUGAAAAUUGGCAACCUGCUUUCAAAACCCAGUUGAAGCAUUCAGUUAAUGGAAGAAAGAUGCCAAGUUCUACUAGAAACAAUUGUAAUGUAACUAAAAGUACUUAUUCCCUACAGCCUAGUAAUUCACAGAAAAGUAUUUUUCAAAUGUUUCAGAGAUACACAAAGUAAUGUGUGAGUAAAGGGAGUGUUUUGUAACCUAGUAAAUCUGGGUUGUAAAGCUCUUUUUUCUGUUACAGAAUCUUUAUAAAUUUGUCACUUUCUACUCUGUAGGCACAGUCAUUAUCGUUAGCUAAAGAACUAAAGAUGUACUAAUGUGUUUCUGCAAAACUAAGUGAUAAGCAAAGGUUCUUAUCCUUCAUUAUUAGUGACUGUGAUGUGUACUAAAUUUGACAGUUUUAUGGAUAUAAAAAUGCUUUAAUCAAGCCCAAGAAGUCUUCAAGAGCCAUUCUCUUUCCAAAAAUGCAUGUUUUAUGGCCUUUUUGCUCUUAUUGUCAUGAAUAGUAAUCAAAGCAAGUAAUACUACAUCAAGUGACUAAGGAGUUCAUGUAGGGUUUAAAAGUUUAAGGAAUACUCAAAAUGUAUCAUAACACUAAAGUAACUAGUUUUCAUCUCUAGUGUAGUUAAAUUUUAAGCAUUAUAACCAUUUCCUUAAAAUGGAUUAGGAUCAACAUUAAAUCCAAGUUUUCUAGAAAAUUGAAAUUCAGUUACAGAAAGGAAACUAGAUUCUUUCUGCAGAAGUUAAGAGUUGGGAUGGGGGCUGGGGCAGAAUGGCAGUUUGGGGCAUUGAAACUGAAUGGGUAAUCACAAUGACCAGAUGGAGUAGCAGGUGCCUUUGGACAUAAUGUUCUCCCUCUUCCUUUGCUAAAUGGCACAGAAAACAUUUUAGUUUCACAGCUUUUGACUAGUGUCUGGUGUAAAAAUCAAAAUUAUUUCAAUUUUGGGGAAUUCACAUUUCUAUUGAUUGGUUCCAAAAAAGGGGGGGAGGGGGGAUUUACUGUAGGAAAGUUAUAUGACAAUAUGUUGUAGAACCUGAAACAACCAUGUGUUUACUUCCUUAUAUUACUACUCUAUUGACUCGACUUUGUGUUUAUGGACAGAAAUAGAAAGUAUGAUGCAGUUGGGCACUGGUGGCUCACACCUGUGAUCCUAGCUGCUCAGGAGGCAGAGAUCAGGAUUGUGGUUUGAAGCCAGUCUGGGGCAAAUAGCUGGCGAGACCUUGUUGAAUAGGCUGGUGGCAUGGCCACCUGUAAGACCACCUGCCUAGAAAGCAUGAGGCCCUGAGUUCAAACCCCAGUGCCUCAGUACAGGAUGCACGGGUUUUGCCCUAUCUCAUUCCUGAAAGUUUAGUUAAAAGGUAUUGAUUUCAUUUUGUGAAAUUUAACUUAGAGUCUAUUGAGCUUUUGUUUCGUUAAUAGGAACAACUUUAAGCAAACAAUAGUUUUACCAGCAUUUCUGCUGAUGUCUAACUCACUUGUUUAAUGUAAUUAUACAAUAAAACAUCCUGGCAUGAAUUCUAGCUUUAAUUUGUCAGUAUUUUUAUUUGUCAUUAAUUUUUUUUCUUUCAGAUUUUGUGACUGGAAUUCACAAAAUUCAGCCAUUUUUUGCAUAUAUGAUGGCAUCUAUGUGACUACUGAUUGGGUCGAACUCUGCAAAUUUAAAGUUUAUCCUUUCUCAAAAAAAAUUCUGUGAAUAAUGAUUGUAGUGAAGUGUAGUUAGAAACUAACCAAAUUUGUCUGAAACAGACUAAUAUUUGUCUUACCAGAGCAAUACUUAAUUGAUAUUCAAUGUUCAAUUGAGUGAGCAGUUUCACUUAAUGUUUUAAGGUAGACACUGCUGGAACUCCUUGAGUUAAAAGUUACCUAAUUAAGUCUUUCUGAAAUAGUUCAUGACCAGAAAAGAAAGAAAAAAUUAGCCCAUGGUAUGAUAUAUUUAAAAUUGAUAUAUUUAACCACUUGUCUAUGAAGAAGUUUUCCUGGCCAGUUGGUUUUAAGAUAAAUUUUAAUUUCUCUAUUGGCCUUUCUGCUAUUUCUACCAUGUGUGGCUUUUUGUUAGAAACUAACAAAAAAUGUUCUAUUUUUUCCUCUCAUUUUGUGAAAGAGAUGGGAAUGUAUCAUUUCUUGAUACUACAGCAAUGCAGAUGUUGAGAAUCUGAGAAUUAAAGGAAUUAUUAAAAACUGACUUUUGUAUAUUUUACUAUACAUUAAGUAAUAAUUGGCUAUGUAAUCCCAGUACUUGGGAGGCUGAGGCAGGAGGAUUGCAAACCUCAGUUACAUAACAAAGUCCUGUCUUAUAAAAAACGGGCAGAGAAUGUAGCUCAGUGAUAGAGCACUUGCCUAGUAUGCCCAAGGCCCUGGGUUCAGUCCCCAGCACUGCAAAGUAAUAAACAUUAAGGAAAUUAAGAUUUUCAUAGCAGAACCAUCUAAAGCAAAGUUUGAAGACAUGGCAGCUGAGGGAACAAAUAAUUGCAAUUCAUCACAAAGACCUUAUUUUUAAAUUUUUUGGUGAUACUGGGGAUGAAACUCAGGGCCUUGCACUUGCUAGGGAGGCACUCCACCAACUGAACCUCUCUCACGUUUUUUAACCAGGGCCAGUUUCUAACCAUAAUUCUAACUGCCUCUUGCCUAGCUGAGAUUACAAUGUGUACCACCACACUCUGCUUUUUUUUUUUUAUCUUUUUAUUAGCAUAUAUUAAUUCACAGAGGGGUUUCAUUGUGAUAUUUCCAUACAUGCAUAUAAUGUAUUUGAUCUUAUUCACCCCUCUAUUACUGUUACACCUCUGCCUCAAUUUCUAAA